GAUGGAUAUAUAGUGGUAAUCCAGCUUUUGUGUGUCUAUACUGCAUUACAACACAAUAUAAAAAAAGCAGACACCACUUUAAAGAUAAAAAUUUAGAAGUACAGUAGUUUUAAACUGUCAGCAAAAUAAAGGAAAAUCAUCAGACAUCUGCCAUCAUGAAAGUGAAUUUGUGGUUAUGAUUAUACUGAAUAUGUAGUAACAGUUUAUCCUAUAGUUUUUGUACAGUAUUUAGUGCAGAUUUUGUGACUGAAAGUAUGACCACAAAACCAUGUGAUAACCAUAAAUCAUAAAAGCAUGACCUGAACUUAAUAUCUAUCAUGACAUUGACAGACACGCAGUUUUUACCUUUGUGUAAACUGUAUUUUUGCUCAGGCACACAUUGGUGUCUCACAGUAGAUUUGAACACGAGUCUCUCACACCAAAGGCAUGUCUCUUAUACACUACUUCAUCACCACCUGCAGGUUCCAAAUUGAGCACCACAGUGCUGGCUUCAUAAAUUACCUUGUGAAUUUGGAAUUUCCCAAACACCUUCUGCUGGUACGACAAUCUCUGCAGGGAAGGAAGCAGGCUUUGGAGGAAAUGCUCGCCCUCUGAGAGAGGGGGUGGGACAGGUGCAGCCUGUGCAGCAGGCCUCUUCGGGGCUUCAAGAAGCAGCCUCUCUCUUAUUAUCUCCAUCUCGCUACCCCUGGUCCUUUUUUGGUCCUCCUCCCUGAAUGAAAUGAGAACACCAUGUUUUGUGAAAGUACAGCAUUCCCGCAAGGAAUCAGUGAAAAUCUGACAACAAACAAAUAUGAUUCAAAUAUGAAAAGGUAAUGAACACAGUACUAGUCACAGUAAAAAACACAAUUCAUGCAGAAAUUAUACCAUAAAAUAAGUGAUGACGUGGCAGCAGCAGUACUUUGAGACUUGCCUUCCGGGUGAUUGAUCUGGUUAGUCUGUAGUGACAGUAAAACAAAAGAUGCCUUGGUUGGUUGUUUGGUAGAUUUAAUCAUUGUCUAAUAGAACUGGUCAUUCUAGCUUUCAGUGUUAAUUACAGCAAAGCAAUAAUUUUACAAAUGCACCCAUUUUAAUACAUCAUACAUUUUCAGCCAUGAUAAUAUCUAGCCUUUCAUUUUCCUACAACCUUUUAUACAGCUAAAUGUGUUCUUUUUAGUGCAGGCUGUGAAAAGAAUUAGUUAUACAUCUAUAAAAACGUUUUUGUAGGAAUUUCCUGUGUCUUCACUUGUAAACAAACCUCCUACAGCAAUCUCUGAUGGCCCUGCUGUUGCUGCCUCUGAAUCCUGGUGAUGAGCUGCCUUUUCACUGGACUCUGCCAUCCUGUCUUCCUCGACCUCGCACACCUAGUCAUCUCUCUCAGGGUAAUAAAUGGAUUGAGGAAAGACAGGGCCACAGAUUACUUCCACUUUUUAACUGGCCCCGCUCCUGACCCACUCCUCUUCUGUCUCCUUUUUCUCCUUCAAUUAAGUGUCCCUGAGACUCUUCCAUUUCCUUCUGCAUAUCGUUCCUGACAAGAAACACACGUAAACAUGAACAGUUGAAUACUGUUCACUUCUUUGGACAUCCAGCCCGUUCUCAUCUCAGGGCGUCAUAUACCGAUGAUUUGAGAAAGAGUGACAAAGCGUAGGUAUUUGAUGCACCCUUUACCCUUUUUACCCUUUUACCCUUCCGGAAGCGUCUCUAUGAGAUGAACUCGUGCGAACCACUGAAUGCCACCAAAAAAAAAUCUUCUUCCACACCACCAUGAGCGAAUUCGCAGGAAUUUGCAUCUUUGCAUUGACUGUCUUUUGGAAAAUGGCAGGGCUGGAUGCCACUCCGAACAGCAGGUGAUUACAUUUGAAUAAUCCCAAUUCACAAUAUUGUGACAUGCUCUUUUGAAUCCUUGUCUAGCAAUAGCUGCUGGUAAGCAUGGGACAUGUCCAGCUUUGUGAACAGCUUUUCUCCAGACAGUGUUGCAAACAGGUCCUCCACCCACAGCAACGGGUGCUCAUUCAGUUUAGUGACCUGGUACACCAUUAGCUUAUAGCCCCCACAUAUCCUUGCCGUUUUAUCGUGUUUCACAACUGGGUCAAUGAAAGCUGCCUACCUUGAUUUCUAUCCCCUGUAACCAUUCCAGCUCCUCCUCCACUUUUCCCUUCAUAGCUAAGGCACGGCAAGGAGUUUGAGCUUCAAGAACCUGAUGGGAGGUUUGGACCUCCAUGUCCUACUAUGGGUCUCCUCACUGAAGACUGAGGCUGUGGAAUCAGUCUCAGACUUAAUGUCCUCUCAGUGAUGGUGGCAGAAUAGGGCUGAGGUGGAUCCUAAUCUGUUUCCACCCCAAACAUGUUGUAGGCACACUCUGCUUCUUCUAUGUGAUGCAUGGCUGCCUGGCGCUGUUAAGCCUUCCCUUGUCUAGCCAUACUCCUCAUCCAUACAUGCAUUCCUGCACUUUUUAGCUAAACAUUUACACUUAUUCAUUUUGCUGGCAACUUACAAUUGCUAUAUAUAUCAGAGGUCACACGCCUCUGGAGCAACUUGGAGUUAAGUGUCUUGCUCAGGGACACAAUGGUGGGUGUGUCACAGGGCUGGAUUGAACUCGGGUCUCUCACACCAAAGGCAGGUAACUCUAUCCAUGCGCCAUCACCACCCCAUAACAUCCCUUUUUACUGCAAGAAUGGCAAACAGUGUCUUAAAUAUUGCAAUCAUUUGCAAAGUGCGCUCCUCCAGGCUGAAAAUAUUUCACUCACUUUACUGGCUUAGCCUCUCUUUUCACGAGCACUGCUGCCGACUGCGGCCCUCCAUGUCUUUUCUGGAUAUCUUUAGCAUUAUGCGCAGCCAUCUCCAUAGCUUGGGAAAUCUCAGGCUUUCUUGAACGUUAGCGAAGGGGUUUCACCCAGCAACUGCAGCUGAAUGGCAUCAUUACUACAUACCUGUCUGUCACAGAGCAUAUUGUCCAACACCCCCCCAAAAUCACAGACAUUUGCCGAUGCUCCACUACAAAAUUAACCACAGACGGACCUGAAAUGACUGUGAAAUUUGAAAUGUUGGACCAUCACCAAUGGUUUCGGGUUAAAGUGGUUCCCCACGAUUUCCGCGGUGUGGCUAAGUUCUUUAUCAGCUUAUAAAUCGUCGGCCCAUACACUCAUGAGAAUGGAGCGCUUCUUAGCCUCCUCCUUUGUUGGGUCGGAAAUUAAACUCAAUAAAUUUAGCUAUUAGCUUUCUUCUUUAGUCAAAAACUGCCUACGGUAGACAAUUGCUGGCCGUCUACUGGCCCCGGGUCUAAAGUGUGUACAUGUGACUGGCGGAGAGUUUUCAGUGCGGCUGAGCUCUGCACUCUCAACCAAUCGGACUUCGUCUAGCCGCCAGAGCUCCCGCAUCCUCGCGGUGAUUGACAGUCGGCAGUCUACUGCGGCUUUCGGAGCUUGCUAACUCACCUGCCCCCGUCCUGUGGCUGAUCGUUAACUGUGGAUUAAGAGAAAUAACUCCACUUCAUAGCCUACUUCAAGGUAAGGAAUAACCUCUUUCGUUUAUUUUCGCUAUUAUUAACGCCGGUCAUUCUUUGUCCAUUUGCAGGCUCUGAUGGUAAAACAAUAACCCGAAAUUACCUUUUAAUAAUAGCGACAAAGCCCAAUAAAGUCUUUAGAAAACACUAGCAUUACGUCGCUGAUAAUGUUUUAAAUAGUUGGCGUUGGGCGCCGUAAAGCAAGUUAUGCCCAAGGUCCCGACGGGUGUUUGUUUGUUUGUGUGUGUUUCACUUAAUUGUAAUCAAGACCGUGGAACAGUAUUUAUGGUAAAUCAGCCCCAUUGAACACAUAUUAAUGCCAUAGGUGUCCAAGACGCACGACCAACAUAUGGUCACAUGUCCAUGUGCACUAGAAUUCUUAUAUUGUUAUUUUAUAGUUAUAACAACACUUCCGAUGUCUUAAAUCUGCAGCUAAAAGGAGAUGCCAGAUAAUCACGGCAACUCCGACAGAGAAGCAGUUUUUUGGUCAGCUAAUUACUACUUUUGGAAAGUACAAUGGCAAAAGCUUCAAGCGGCUGGUGGAAAAUGAUGUAGGAUACAUUAAAUAGUGAGUUAUAAAUAUGUUUCACUAAACAAUCAAUCAAACUUUGUAUAGUUUGUCUUUUCUUAUAUUGAAUAUCAUGUUCUAUAUUUUAGCAUCCUGGACUGCCAUAUCAAAGAGAGCCGUCAACCAGACAGGAAAGCUGGAAUCAAAGAUGAGUUGGUGAAGGAUUACCUGCUCAAAUACGUGCAGUUGUUUCCUCCAGUCUCCUGCCACCUGGAGAUCAACGUUGACCGGGCCAUUUAUGGCCAGGGCCGCUUCAGGUCCUUCACAUUCCAGGAAAUGUGGCAGUGGUACAGCCUUCACAAGCACCUCCAAGCUGACCCUCAGGCUGGGAGUGACCAUGAGAGGAAGAUGGCUCAGGAGGCUUUCUCCUCCGUUCGACAGUGGCUCGUCAUGAAGGAGGACGACAUCUCUUCAAAGUUGCUGAAGCGCUUCAGACUCUAUAUUGUCACCAAAGAGACAGAGAAACCUCAGCAGAAAGUGGCCCCUCCCGCAGCAACCGCCACGUUGUCCAGCACUGCCACGUCAUCCAGCACCGCCACCAGCACUGCCACCACGUCGUCCAGCGCUGAGGAUGAUUGAAGCUCGUCAUAGGAUUACAGUUUUGUCCUCAUUUCCAUUCAGGGGACACUGACCUGACCCCUCCCAGAAAAGAGGCUGAACCAGAGCCUCCACACCUGCCACAGACAGACUCCAUUCCACAGCCACCUGGUCCUCCUCCAGCACCUGGUGGUCAACAUGGGAGGACCUCUGAUGUUACUGGCGCAGCGCUGCUGCCAAGCAAAGCCCCUGUGACCCCGGCAGCAGCGGCUGCUCAACCUGAGGAAAGCUGCUAAGGAGUCUGAGCAACAUGUCAUCGGUCGCUUUGUGGCGUGGGAAGCAGCCAUAAUUACCAGCUCAGCCCAGGUCACCGAGCCGCAUUCCCUGCCCUCUUAACACUAAUGCGUGGCGUGGACAAGCAGGUGGUCUGGCUGAUGAGGGAUCGCAGUGAGGGCAACACCAUGACCAAGGUGUGGAGGCAGUUCCAGGAAAGCCACUGUGAGGAGUAUCUGCACAGAAAAGACCUCUACACCACCCUCAAUAAACAGCUCAAUAAACCCGGUUUCCAGUGCAUAUUCGCAGACUGUGUAAAAACGUGAAUGCUGUGUCAGAUUUAAGAAAUAGGUCGUUUUAAUCAGGUAAACAGAAUACAACAGGAAUGACACUGCAACAGGAAUGAGGGAGCUCUGUCGGCGCCCUCAGAAGAUUCAAACUGGGCAGGAGAAGUUAACGAAGUUAACUAGUUGAUGAAUACUGCUGGUAGCACUGAGCCCAUUAGAUUCCUGGAAAUGAAAAAAUAAAAAUCUCAGAUAGUGCAAAUGGUGUUGAGAGAUGCGGCAGCCUGAUCCAAAGGCUCAGAGAUUUCCCUUCAGGAAUGGAGUUUGUAUCUCUGUGUGUGUGAACAUCAAUUUUUCUGCUUACAGGGACUCUCAGCCAUCAGUUUCAGCAUCCGCCACCAAGGAGGGAGCUGCCGUCCCCAAAGCUGCUGAGGAAGUGCUUCCUUCCUCCUCGCUGAAACAGAGAACAUCAAGAUCAUGUCCACGUUUGGCAAAGUCCUUAAGUGCGACUCCACCAAGAAGAUCUGCAAGAAGCUUCUGGACAAGGAAAAGGACAGCAGAAUGGUGCACAAACGUGGCCAAUGAGCUCGGUCAGAUCCUCAUGUCCGUCCUUACCUGUGAGGAGUCUCUGGAUAAACUGAGGCCAAUGGCUGAAGGCCUCAUGGCGAGAUAUAGGAGAGCAAAUGAGGCACCUCCUGAACUGAUGUACGUGGACCGCGGCUGCUGUCGUGUGCAUGGUGUCUCAUCUUUGGAGCAGCUGUUCAGUGAGUGGGCCGACAGCGGCAUGAUGGUGCGGCUCGACAUCUUUCACUGGAUAACCAGGUUUAACGCGGCUCUCCGAACAGAUCACCGCCCAAAAUACGCUCUCUUCAAGUCUGCUGCUGUGUUCGUGUAUAACAAGGACGACAUGGCGCUACUUAUUCAAGCCACGCGUGCAGGACACCCGACCAAAUAUGCUUCCCUGUCUGAUGGUCAGAUCAUUGAAAUGCACGUCGGCAAAUCUGAUCUGAAGCAUUACGUCAGGAGGAUGGCGGAUGGAGCCCAGGAGACCUUUGUCCGCGUGCAGAGUGCCAUCGACAUCCUGAAGGGAGCGGCUGGAAUGGACGAGAACCAGAUCCAUCUGUUCAAGGAUGCAGCAGCCAUUGACCGGGUCUGGGGAAACCAGCAGAAACACCUGGAGUGCAUUCAGGAUCCUCCAGGAAGAAACAUGUACACCAUCACCAAGUAUGUCACCCGUAACGGCGUGUGCCUGCUUUACUACAGGACUGUGAGAGGCAGCAACAGCCUGGAGAGCUUCCACUCCUUCCUGCCCAGCAUGAUACCGGGGCCCCACUGUGCAGCUGUCCCCUUCCAGGUCUAUCUUCUCAGCGGCAUCGCACGUUGGAACUCUGACAGGGAGUCUGACAAUGUCAAAGGCCACAAAGGAAGGAAGCGCAUGGUAUACGUGUCUCAUCUGAUACAUCGCCUCAACCAGAGGUGCCAGGAGUUUUUUGGCGAGCCGGAGGAGGUAAAUUACCGACCACCUGUUCCUGCUGAUGACGAGCGAAUUGGUUUGGAGUAUCUGUUCUCCCAGUCGUCAGAACCUUUCCGUGCUCCUGACCAUUACGCUCAGGCCAGAGAGACACUUCGAGCGGCCGAGGAUGAAGAUGAAGAUGAUGAUGAUGAGGUGGUUGCUGACCAGGAAGAAUCCCUGGAGGAAGAUGCGGGCUACAACUCUGACAGCGAGACUGACAUUCUGACUCCGCUGAGGAGGAAUCUGCGUCUUACCGACCAGGUUGUGGCUCCUGAGCUGGAUCCCUGUGUAGAGGAUGUGUGCGGUCCAAAUCAUCUCCCCGGAUACCAACACGUAGAGGAGCUGAGCAGAGUACUUGUUGAGAUUGCCUUGGAGGAGGGAAAGCUUGCUCUCAGUGACUCUACAAGACAGAGAGUCGUCAGCGCCUGGAACAAGCUGGAACUCCACGACCGCAGCAUCCAGCAGUUUGACAGCCUCUACUCAUCACGCUGGGGUAACGCUCUGUUCAGCCGCACCAAAGGUCAGCCAUCUGAGUCGUCUUUGGUGCAAAAGUUGAAGUUCAGCAAGCGUUACUCAGCCGCCCACCUGCUGGACUCCAGAAAGAACCGCCUGAUGUACUGCAUCAUUAAACAGCUGUGGCUUCAUCCUGACUGUGGCGCACUGGCUCGAGGGUCACUACAGAAGCACAAGAUCACCAAAAUGUACCAGCGUGUGCAGCAGAGAGUGACCGUGGAUGACACUGACCUCAGCAAACUCGGUAUUCCCAUCCUGAAAAUCAACUCCAAGUGCGUUGCUGAGUUCAUCAGGAGACAGGAGGCCCUGUCAGCCACAAAUAUGACGGAUCAAGGUUUGGCUGUCCUCCGCCGUCAUGUGUCGAGAUGUGCCGUCGAGUGUUUCUAGUACUAGCCAAACCGCCGCAGCAGAGCUCUCGGAUGAGAGACCACACACCAGCCGACAGUAUGAGGUCACUCCAUCUUUGGCAGGCACCAGAAAACUCAAACCGAAGCAUGACCAAUUCGCCGGUCAAACCACGGCAGCAGGACUCCAGCCCACCUGCACGUUCAGGCAGCCCACAGCACCUGCCUUUACAUGUUUUCUAGCUGUUCCCCAGGU